AUGAACCCCAUGCAGCUGAUCAAUGCUUCGAUCUACGUUGCUGUAGAUGACUCGAGUGAUGGUCCGUCGUGCGAGACCGUGUUUCCUAGCCUAUGCAUAGAACAAGCGUUUGGGUUACGGUUCCAUGAUGCGGGUCUUUGGUGGGAUCUGUGGAGUUACAUUGCAUGGGUUGAAAAGGAGGCGUUGCUGCGAUUUGAGGGGGAGCUUGGGAUCAAUGACGAUGUCAAACAGUGA